AUGGGAGUAUUUUUUUCCAAUAAUUUAACACGUGAACCUUUGGUUUUCAAAAUCCCUACUGAAAAUUUCUUUUAUCAUCUCCCAGGUGAAGUCGAAGAUUUUUGCAAACAAAUAUCAGACAAUAAACACUUCAUAUAUGAAGCUGACCUUAGCAAUAACACGUAUACAGAAGAAGCUCUCGAGCUUAUUCUUAAUUCUCUUGAAGAAUGCUGCAACCUUACUAUAGUGCGCCUUCGAAAAAUUUUAUAUGAGUGGAUGACAGAAUUUGAGAAAAUUCUAGAAAUGGUCUGUAGAUUUUUACAAACUAUCCAGAAUUUGGAAGAACUUGACUUAUCAGAUAAUUGUUUGAAGCCUCAAGCCUUAGAUAUUUUUACACUUUGUUUAGAAAGAUCACCAAAUAUUAAGGCAAUUAGACUGAACAAUGAUAAUCUUGGGGCAAUUGGAGCUAAAAAAAUAUUUGAAUCGUUAAAAAAGAUUGACAAUCUUAAAUUAUUUGUAUUUGCUGGUGAAAAUAAUUGUUUUGAAGAUGAAGGAACAAUAGUUCUUGCAUCUCUUUUUGGGAAGCUGAAAACACUCAGAAAAAUAUGUUUAUCAGAAAAUGAAAUAGGGCAAUUAGGAAUUCUGGCUCUAAGUGAGAGCAUCUGCAAGAAUCCAAAUCUGCAAGUCCUUAAGCUAAGAGACAAUCACAUUAACGAAAAGCCUUCCUAUCUAUCUUUAUCCUCAGCUUUUAAAAGACUAAGAUUUUUGAGUUUUAUUGACUUAGGUGACUGCUUACUAGGAAACAAAGGAUCAAAAGCUAUAAUCAAAUCUCUAAUGAUUUCUAAUGAAAACCUACGCCAACUAUACAUCCAAUACAACGAAAUAGAUGAAAAUGAGCUCAGUGAUAUUAUUGUAAGUUUUAUCAUUAAAAGAAAAACCUUAGAAGUCAUAAAUCUCACUGGAAAUGACAUAAACCCGGAAAGUAUAGAGCAUCUAUGAAAAGAGCUGAGAAAAGCCGAUAGAGAAUUUACUAUAAUUUUGACAGACAAUUCUGAAAGUUCAAUUUCAGACAUUGAUUGCUAUUACUAUGAAGAACGAGUUGAUGGGAUAACAUAUGAAAAAUCAGAAACGAUUAAAAAUAAAUAA